AUGUCGGGCGGAGACCGUGUGGCAGCUAUUCACACGCGAGCACGCCUGGAGGAUGCUCGAGACGAUGGAGCUGCACGACAUGGCCUCGCGUCUUCCUCCAGUCCUCGGGUCUCUCCUCAUUUCUCAUCGCCCUCAACCGCGUUGUUGGCAAGGUGGUGUUCUCCGGACGCUGUCCACGUAGAACCGUCCCACCCGAGUCGCUGGACAAACAGUGUCGAGGAAUGUGGGGACGCCGCUGUUCCAGGCCCGCCUACAUAUCGUCUGCUUGACGUUGACGCCGCCGCCACGAACGCGAGGCCUUCUUUGCUUUCCGCCCGCACAAGCGGCCGCUGCUCGGCCGCACACCUGCGGCACGGUAUGCCCGAGAGCUACUUUGAAGCGCCUUCGCAAGGCAGCUUCCACAGGGCAACUUCCUCGAAUAUUUUGGACAUGCGAUGCGGUGCUUUUUGGAAGGAAGCUUUUUGGUGGGUCCUCGCACCCUUGUUAUUCCUUUUUCUUUGGCUCGUGUGGUCCGCCACCACAUCUAUCUACUCUUCAGAGCAAUCUCGCGUGGACUACGGCAUUGUGAUCGACGCCGGCUCCCAUGGAACUCGUCUCACAGUCUUUCGUUGGCCAGCGAGGCGAUUCGAUCCCCGCCAUCCUCUAACUGGGCCUGUAACGAUUCCUCAGGCCGUCUGUGACGCUACACCCGGUCCGGAGCUUAGCAACUUCACGGAUGGCUUCUCUGAUGCGCGGCGCCUCUUUAAAUCCAUGCUGGAUGAGGCCCAGUUAUGUCUGACGCGCCGCAGCGUGCCGGUGUCUUCCUGGGGAGAAGUUCCACUCUUUGUGAAAGCGACAGGAGGCAUGAGGAACCUGAGUCAAGCAACCCGAGACGCAGUCAUGGCCAAUCUCAGAGAGGCGCUCAUGGACCCGACCCUAAAUCCGUUCAGAUUCCAUCCAGCUUGGGCUCGAGUCAUUUCUGGAGAGGAGGAAGGUAUAUACGGCUGGCUCGCAGUCAACAGUGUUCGAGGCAGCCUCUCGGCGGACCCAGAAAAGACCGUCGGGGCACUUGAUAUGGGAGGCGCAUCCACGCAAAUUACAUUUUCGCCUGUCCAUACGUCUGUUCUGGAGGACUUCAACGCGGUGCACCUGGGCGACACAUCGAUUCACUUGUACUCCCACUCUUACCUCGGUUACGGCUGGUCGGACUCGUUAAAUCGUGUCAGCACCAUCCUGGGCGCAGAGACGCUCCUUCAGCGUCUCCGAGAGGAUCCGGAGUUCGUGAGGUCCGCGCUGAAAAAGGCGCAGGCUGGUCGCGCGUCCGGCCCGGACUCCUCGCUUGCCUCGUCGGUCCGCCGCACCGCCGUGGGCCUGACCGGGGAAUCGAGGCGUCCUCAGGCCAACGCAGGGGACCACAGGCCCCUCUCCCGCCGCCGAGAGAAAGAAGACGCCGAGCAGCAACUCCAUCUCGCGGCUGUACAUCCCUGUCUGCCCAGAGGGAGUGUUCGCUCCUUCCAGAUGCCGUCUCUGGCUUACCCAGAACGCCGUUUCUAUGCCGACAUGAAUAUCGGGCAAAUCGCAGCUUUCAUGAAAGCUGCCGCGUACACAAAAAACGACAUCAUGAAAACGGUCAAGUCCAUGGCGCCAUACGGCGUCGAAAUGCGGCACGCCCUUCAGGACAUGCAGCCUCUCUCCCGCACUCCAUCGGCAGCAGUUUCCUUUGCUGCGGGCGGUACAUCUGAUCAAACGCCACCCGACGUGGAUGCUGCGGGGAGAUCGGAGUCUGCGAAACCGCCAUCUCAGGUCCACGAGGAAACAGGUACAGAAGGCGCAGACACGCGGAAGAGUUUACCACGCCACAGACGCUCGGCAGCAGAUGAGGAGAAAACCGGCCCGGAGGAAGGGGAGCAUGGCAAAGGAAUGCAGCGCGAAGAGACGCCCGAAGAUGCAGGAAGGAAGAAGGCGGCAGACUCCGGACGAGAAGGAAGCCAGGAAGCGGAUGCGAAACUGCAGGAAUAUGAGGAUGCUGCUGACAGAGGAACGCAGGGAGGCGUUGAAGUCACCUUAGACGUAAAGCCCAGGGUGGCAUUCGUGAUUCGCUUCGUUGGUAGUGGCGACUUCGAAACUUGUCGCAACAUAGCCUACAAGCUCUUCCAUAAUUCCCUCUGUUUCAUCAACAGUUGCUCCUUCAACGGUGUGUACCAGCCCCGUCUGGAAGACAGCAAGUUUAUCGCGUUCGGCCAGUACAGCAAGAUUCACGGUGUUCUUGGACUGGAUAAUCCGCCGACUCUCUCUCAGUUCCUCGAGUCCACGGUUGCCAUUUGCGGGCACCGCCUAAAACGCUUGAAGGCAAUGAGGAAAAGGGGCUCCUUUCGCGCGUACGGAGAUAGCUCUCUUCACAAGCUGUGCUGGAAGGCAGUGUGGAGCUUCGCCGUUUUGCGGCAGGGAUUCGGCUUCCCUCUUGAAUCGUCACAAAUCUUCUUUGCCUCGCUCAACAGCACCGACGGCGAAAAUGACUACGCCACGCCCGGAUGGGCUUUGGGUUCAAUGAUCAGUGAAGUGAACUACUUCCCGUGGCAGGCCCCAGUGGAGCAAUACCACGGUCUUUUUCACUUGGCGGCAGCUUUUCUCCUCAUGUCUAUCAUUCUAGCUAUCAUCCUCUACCACGAGGUGUCAUAUCUGCGCAAGCGCCUGCAAAGAGCUGAGCAGUCCGCUGUCUAUGAGACCGUCCUAACGGCAGCGGACUCUCCCCACUCUAUGGGUGCGCAGCACCGCAUUGACUGUGCACCGCCGUGA